GGCGGUGCUUGGGCUCGGGGGGCGGCCUCGACGGACUCGCGAAGGUUCCAGAGGCGUCGCGUGCCGGAGGCGGGCCGAUAUCUCGCGCAGGGUCGGGUGUGCCUGCAGGCCGCGGCCACUGUGACUGGUGCCGGUGCGGUCUGCGCUCGGGGUGAGCGCGGUCGGUGCGGCGCUUCCUGUUCUCGCCCCUGCGCCGCUGCAGCUGGGGCCUUCCCUGACGCGGCCCGACCAUGGCUUCAGCUGUGGAGGAGCUACAGAAAGAUCUAGAAGAGGUGAAGGUUCUGCUGGAAAAAGCCACUAGAAAAAGAGUACGUGAUGCCCUGACAGCUGAAAAAUCCAAGAUUGAGACAGAAAUCAAGAACAAGAUGCAGCAGAAAUCACAGAGGAAAGCAGAACUUAUGGAAAAUGAAAAGCCAGCCGCUGUGGUUGCUCCUAUUACGACAGGAUAUACAGUGAAAAUCAGUAAUUAUGGAUGGGAUCAGUCAGAUAAGUUUGUGAAAAUCUACAUUACCUUAACUGGAGUUCAUCAAGUCCCUGCUGAGAAUGUGCAGGUGCAUUUCACAGAGAGGUUGAGUCUUAUCAUCUGGGAUGGCCAGGUGCACAUCCUAAAGUCAUUUGAUCUUUUGGUAAAGAAUCUAAAUGGGAAGAGUUACUCCAUGAUUGUGAACAAUCUCUUGAAACCCAUCUCUGUGGAAGGCAGUUCAAAAAAGAUCAAGACAGAUACAGUUCUUAUCUUAUGUAGGAAGAAAGCGGAAAACACACGGUGGGACUACCUGACUCAGGUUGAAAAAGAAUGCAAAGAGAAAGAAAAGCCCUCCUAUGACACUGAAACAGAUCCUAGUGAGGGAUUAAUGAAUGUUCUAAAGAAAAUUUAUGAAGAUGGAGAUGAUGAUAUGAAGCGAACCAUUAAUAAAGCCUGGGUGGAAUCAAGAGAGAAGCAAGCCAAAGGAGAUACAGAAUUCUGAGACUUUACAGUCUUUUUGGGAACUGUGAGGCGGAAAUAUUGAUGUUUCCAAUAAGGAAAUGUUGGUGAGCUGCACAGAUAAAUUUGACAUAUAACUAACUACUUCUUACACAGUCUAAGUAAAGGCAAUGAAUUCUCCAUUUCCUGCUGGAGGAUUUAUUUAAAUAAAAUAUGCUUAUUAAACAAA